AUGGCUGAAGCAGUUCCAGCUCUGUUUCGGGGAAUUCGCUUCACGGGUUAUUCUUCAACCUCCCGUUAUUCACCUUUCUGUAUACCUCCGGCCACCGGCGCCGUUAAAAAGCUCGUCAACAAUGGCAUUUCCGGUGCAAGAAUUAUCCGAUGCGAAGCUGUGGAUUUAGAAUCAGCACCGGCAGCACCCGAGAUCAAGCCCACAAAAAAGAAGAAAAACAGGUACGAGAUGGAGAACUUGACAACUUGGCUAUUAAGACAAGAACAAUCAGGUCAAAUUGACGCUGAACUCACUGUAGUCCUCUCAAGCAUUUCAUUAGCUUGCAAACAAAUUGCUUCCCUGCUUCAGAGAUCCAACAUCAUUAACCUCACCGGAGGUCAGGGAACUGUGAAUGUCCAGGGGGAAGAUCAAAAGAAACUUGAUGUCAUUUCAAAUGAGUUAUUCUGCAAUUGCUUAAGAUCAAGUGGCAGGACUGGGAUAAUAGCGUCAGAGGAAGAGGACACACCCGUAGCAGUUGAAGAAACAAACUCCGGAAACUACAUUGUUGUGUUCGACCCCAUUGACGGAUCUGCCAACAUUGACAUCUCUUUAACAACUGGAUCAAUCUUUGGCAUUUACGCCCCUGAUCAACAUUGCCUAGUUGACUCUGAUGAUGAUGACGAUGAUUUAGCGCUAGAUGAAGCAAAGCAGCGGUGCAUUGUUAGUGUUUGUCAGCCUGGUAGCAAUUUACUUGCAGCAGGAUACUGCCUGUAUUCUAGUUCUGUGGUGUUAACAUUGUCAAUUGGGAGGGGAGUUUUUGCAUUCACUCUCGAUCCGGCUUAUGGCGAGUUUGUUUUGACACAUGAAGAUAUCAAGAUACCAAAAUCUGGCAAGAUUUAUUCUUUUAAUGAAGGAAACUAUGAUCUAUGGGAUGAAAACCUCCAGAAGUACCUUGAUCAUCUGAGGAAGCCGGGUGCUAAUGGUAAACCGUAUUCGGGGCGAUACAUAGGUUGCCUUGUUGGAGAAAUACACAGAAUGUUGUUAUAUGGAGGAAUUUAUGGAAAUCCAAAAAACAUAAACAACAAGAAUGGAAAUUUGAGACUUCUGUAUGAAUGUGCACCGAUGAGCUACCUAGUUGAACAAGCUGGAGGGAAAGCAACAGAUGGUGUUCAGAGAAUACUCGACAUCAUGCCUGAGCAGAUUCAUCAGCGAACUCCAAUAUUUAUUGGAAGCCCAGAUGAGAUAGACAAACUGGAGAGAUACUUGUUGGCAGAAUAG